GUGCACGCGAAUGAAACUUAAAGGUUCAACAUCACCCUAUAUUUAUUGAAGAAAAAGAUAUAUGUUCAUGGUUUACCCACCAACUGACUGCUGAUCGAAACGUCUCUACAACAAGAAAAAGACGGGAGACUGCAACACGGCAAAAAUAUCCUAAUUAAAGUAGGUACUUCCUAUAAGCAUAAUGAGGACUACAUAUUAAAUCAUAUGUAUAGCCUUCCAUGUUUUUUUAGAAAAUACCACGCAUUGAGCAGGAGUGGUAAAACUAGGAAAAAAACAAUUUUAGUGCUACGAUUUGAGCGAAUCGAGAAAUUAAAAUUAGUUUGACUUUGAGGGUGUUGGAGUUCACCGGGUUCGAAUACGCUGAUGGAAAAUUGAUUACAAAAUGGGGUCAGUUCCAAAGCAAAUCGGAUCUUAUUCGAGUUAACGUGGGUCCAAGUUAACCGAGUAGCUAGGUGCUAGGCUUUUUCUGCUUAACAAAAGAUUUUAUUUCGCCAAAAAUCAUUGUCUACUCCGACUAUCUCAAUACCAGAAUUCGUUUUUCAGGUUCAUCCAUAGAAUGUUUUUAUUGCUUGUCUUCUGGUGCCUACAAAUCGUAUUUUUAUUCAAUACGUUAACGGUUAUCUCGGGAAAGAUAACAGGUAGGUCUAAUGCCUUCGUUAGAUUGUUGUUUCCAGUUUUUCAUCCUUCUUCUAUGCAGCCCCUUCAAUGCGACACAUGGUGUUCUAUCCGCUAAAGAAAUCACUUAAUAUGCUUUAUUCCUUUAUGAAUAUAUAUAUUCCUUAUAAAGAAAAUGAUGUAAAGGCCGUUCAGGAGAAAAAUAAGUCCUGUGGACAGAUUUCAUUAUCACUGAAGGUCCUUAUUUUAAAAUUCAACUGUCCUAGCAGAUAGCUUUUUUUCGUUCAGAUGCAGAUAAAACCACGAGCGCUAAAAUGGCUUUGGAAUCCUUCCUCUUGAGAACUUUAAGACCUGAAUUCGGCUCACGUCUUGCGUUCAUCAAUGGUAUGUUUAAAAGAUCUACUCCUGCAUUUCUAGGAGAUAUACAUAUUAGCAAUUUAACUAAAAUCCGAGAAUGAGCAGAGUUGUAAAAUCCUGCAGUGUCCCUGGCAGAGGUAGCACAUUAAGUGAAAUUAAAAUUUUUUUUUUUUUUUUUUCAAUGAUACAGUAUUUUCAUACAAUGUGACGUUAUACAUGUUUUUACGUGUAAAUUUACUGAGUAGUUAUUGUAUUUCUUAAAAACGAUCGAACCUUGUAGAGAAAGAAUGCAGUAGGAAGCUUUCAAUAUUAACAGCUGGAAUUUCAAAUGGAAAUAUCAGUUGCUGCUUCCUUUGAUUUCGAUUUCAGCCUAAGCUUUGGGGAUUUUUGUAUAGAAUCUAACCUCUAUAUUUUCUCAUUCCUCAGAGUCGCAGUGGAAGGAGCAGAUCGAGACACUAGUGAAGCCCCUAACGGCCAAUCAAAUGGAAAAAUUAAGUUGCAGAAGGCGGUGUGGAAGGAAACGAAGGCGUCAUGAUUCUAAUGAGGGUUGCUUUUGUGAUGAAUUUUGUAAAAGCUUUGGUGAUUGCUGUUUUGACUUCGAUGAAUUGUGAGUAUUUGUUCCCCACACAGUUCAAGAUCAAAUAUAUCUUAUACAGAUGUUUUUAAUCUUUUCGAAUAUCUUCAAAUAAUAACCACUUUAAGAUAAAUCUAAAUAAGACUGAUCUACCAGAUAUCGGCGAUUAAAUUCGCCGGCAUUCGCCAAAUCUGCCCGUUCCCGCGAUUUCCUCUCCUUUCUACUGCGAGUCGCCGGUAAAAUUAACCAAUCAAGUUGGGCGGUAUUAUGACAAUGACUUUUCAAAAUGGAGGAAGGCAUCGACAAUUGUUUCUGAACCGAAGAAAAAGAAAUCAAUUUGAUCAUACUGUGGUCAGAAAAGCCAUGCUUAUUUGAUGUAGGGGAAUCAAUGAUUAACAGAUGUUGGCGUUCCUCAAACUGUACCAAAAUUGUAGUAUUGAAUGAAAAUUGGUUCCGUCAAGGACAUAAAGGGAAAAGAAUAAUUUAAAAGUGCAGUUUAGAUUCACCGUAACGCCUUACACGAAACCUGGUUUCAACUAGCAGCUCUUACCCUUUCCCACCUCUCAUUGCCCCUUUCUACCAUUUUUAAGGGCCUAUGUACCAAAGAACAUUGAUGACCCGUUUUUUUUCCUUUGUUGUUUUUGAACAGGUGUAUAGUACCUCAAGUAUCGAUGGAAACAUGUGUCAGAGAAUAUAACUAUUGGUUCCCGGAUCGGUUGAUUGGUCGCGCAGUUUGGAGCUCAUGCCCGAAGAACUUUACAGAUGAGAAUACAAAGCAAAAAUGUCAAGGCAACGAUAAAGAUGAGAUUGGUUUGAACCCUGUGCCAGUGUACGACAAAUACAGUAACGUGACAUACAAAAAUAUUUUCUGCGCCAGGUGCAAUGGAGCAUUGCACACAGCAUACUGGGAAGUCAGUUUCGAGUGUUUUAAGUGGUUCGAUGUUUCCAACCUUAGUCUAAGCAAAGACUUGAGACUUUUGCAAGAUCGGUGUUUUCUUCAGAAAAGGCCAGUUGAUUAUUCCUUGAAAAGAUGCAUCCCAUGGCUUCGGCUUCCGAUCAAAAGCGAUCCUACGAAGGGUAAUACCCUUUGCCAGGCAGAAUGUCUGAGUUACGCUCUCUUAGUAGUCUCCAGGAGUAAAUGGAAAUUGUUUCGUAACCCUCGUUGUGCCUUUUGCAAUGGAAUUGAGCUCAGUGAUAUAGAUUUUUUGGUGCAAGAUGACAACACUCCUCAGAAAGAAUCCUUCAUUACACCCCCUGCCCUAACAAUUCUGUUUGAAUUUACCUCCACAUCUAAGUUUUGUAUCAAAACAGCAGACCAACACAAAAGAUCAGAAGAUCAUCCUACUACCUGUCUACAUGAUGAAGCGUAUGACUCUGUAUAUCGAAACGAAAUCAAAACAUGUAAACUUAACUGCACCUUUGUAGCGUACAACAAAACGGAUUAUGAACUCGUUCCCAAUGAUCUCGUAUUUUUGAAGGCCCAUGGGAAAUAUUACAGUAACGUUUCUUAUAAGAUUUGUGGUGAAAAAUUGUUACUGUGCGUUAAUUUUUCAAAAACUUCCCCUGGAACUAGAAGUAUUUCAUUUGAGCACAAAGAAAACUAUAAAUUUCUUCAGCUUUUCAGCUUCAUUGGGGCAGUCGUGUCCAUCGUUUCUCUGGUUUUAUUGUUAGUGAUUUACGUCUUAUUUGUUGAGCUCCGUAACUUACCAGGGAAAAUCAUGUUAAACUUGGUGAUCUCUUUGUUGCUGUAUGAAAGUGUAUUCCUCUCAGCUGGCAAAAAUGACGAUCAGUUGAUCUGCCUUGUGGUCGCCGCUCUUUUUCACCUCUUCGCCCUUUCUUCCUUCACGUGGAUGAACGUUAUGGCAUAUGAUGUGCAUCGCGCUUUCGCAAAAGUCCCGGGUAAGUUGACAUUGCUAAUUUAGUGAUUUAAGGUCGUUAUCAAUCUAGAACUUACGUCAUUUCCCUUAAAUCUUAGAAAUCUCUUUGUUUCAGUAAAUCAUAUUAGAUAUUGUUGAUUAUGGUGAAUCUACUUGUCAAGAAGUAUAAACGUCUGUAUCGCAAUUUAGUAACUUCCAGUUUUGAUCAAAAUCUCGACUGCAUACUGCUUUAUUCAUGAUUCAGUUCAAUUGAUUUGAGGACUUGAGGAGGCAGUUCCUAUAGAAUCCAUGUUAACAAAAGUACUUGAGAGGACGAUUAUUAAGUAUGAGUUGCUCAUUAUCAUUCCAACUAGAUCCGGCGGCAAACCGACAAGAGGACUCAAAUAAACGUUUGAUGUGUUACUCCCUGUACGCCUGGGGAGGUCCUGCUAUUGUAGUCCUUUCCUGUGUUACAGUUGACAAGCUUAGGGAAGGAGCGAUUGGAUAUGGUAAGUGCCUAACAUAAAAAGGUGUAUUCAGUGUUUGUCAUUGAACCAUGAGAAAAGCGUAGAUUACUCUAACUUCGGGUAAGUGAUGUUGAUAUUGCAAAAUACCUCAACUAAUACCAUGUGUUGCUGACUAAACAGGCCUUGGAAAAGAGGACUGUUUCAUAUCAGAGAAUAGAGCAAAGAUCUUCUCAUUCAUUUUUCCUGUUGGACUGAUUCUGAUUUUCAACCUCUUUGCUCUGGGACACACUAGCUUUCAUAUCCUCAAAACCAGAAAGGUGGGUACAAUAUUUCUACGUUUUUUUAAACAAAGAAAAUCAGAAUUCCACUGUCGCAGUGUCUGUCUUUCUGUGCUUUGCCACGUUAACAAUCUGUCCGACGCCUUGCAUGACCAAUAGAACACCACAAGGAAAUCUGAAUUUUAAAACCAGGGUUAUUCACAUUUGUAUUGUUUCAGACGGCCAGAAAAGUGACCAAGCAACAGCAAAGCUCUAACGUGGCUUUAAUCUGUGUUAAAAUGGCCUCAGUGAUGGGUGUGACAUGGAUUCUUGGGAUUGCUGCGAACCUAAAGGCUCUUUCAUUCCUGUGGUACCCGUAUGUUGUUCUAAACAGUCUUCAAGGUAAAUGUCCUUCAGCUUAACAAAGCUGGUUUGGGCCGGAGAAAGAAUGGAACACUUUCUUGAUUGGAAGCACCAGAAACGAUUAUUCCGUUGUGGUAGCUGACCUUAAAUUAGAGAAAGCAGUCUCAUUGGGAUAAAAGUUGGUUGAUCAUAUUAAAUAGUUCCUAUGGCAAUGAUAGUAAAAUCUAUCUCGAUUGAUGUAACGAAGCGAUUACUUACUCCUAGAUAAGAAUCUGCAACAUAUUCAGAUUUUCUUGCAUUUCGCAGUGUUUUCCAUCGAAUGAUUGUGAUAUAGCCUUUUUUCUUGGCUACGCAAUUUAAUAUCAUUUGAUUGGCACCAAAACUCUAUGGGAAUGAAUUAAUACACAUGACGUCUUUUCGAGAGAUUCUACUUUUAUCAGUUUAAUUAUUUGCCUUUCUCCAAGGUUUCUUCAUCUUCCUGUCCUUUGCUACAACUGGGAAGGCGUUGGAGUUGUACAAAAGCAAAUUUUCCAAAGUACUUAAGAAGCAAGCAUCACAGGCCAGUGAAGAAAGAAUGGGAAACUUGAAUCCCAGGGAGCAAUGCAUCUGCCGCGGAGCUGAAAACCAGGAAACUAAUAUCACUCAAGUUUAG